CAUCCCGGGCUGUGGGGUGGGAGGUGGCGCCGAGCCUGCUCCGGAGCCCGUGUUCUCAGGGCUUCCCGUUGUUCUGCUGCCUCUGGAAGUGGGGAUAAUGGCACUCGCUGUCCCCUAGGAGAGGAUGAGGUGAGACCACGGUGGGUUUGGCUCCGGUGGAGGUACGGAGGACAGAGCUGUGAGAGAGAUCUACAGAAAGUUUCUUCCUCCUGGCCAAUGCUCUCUCGUAUCUGCAGGUUCUGUCCAGUGUAGAGCAGCACAGGAAAUAUUUCAGUGCCACGCUCAAACCAGUUUGUUGGUUUCCACGCCGUGAUUUUGCCCUCUCCUGGUUCUGAGGGCUCCUCUCGUCAUGAGCUCCUUCGAGGAGGCCGAAACAGAGGAGACGGUGACGUGCCUCCACCUGACCUUUUACCACCCUGGCCAGGGCGAGAAGAUGAUGUUCCGCUGCCUGGAUUUCUGCAAGCGCCAGCAGGUCCGGGCGGACGACACGGCCAAGUUCGGCCGCGAUUCCAGCCUCUGCCGCUACAGCCUGAUGGACACGCGCGUCUCCCGCAUCCAGUUCUCCCUGCAGUUCUACAGGAAGCUCCACACCUCGGAGUACGGCUUUGAGGUCAAGAACUUGAGCAAGAAAACCAAACUGACCGUCAACCAAACGGAACUGAGUUACUUAAACAAAAUCGAGCUGCCCCUGAAGUGCAUCAUCUGUUUUGGGGACUACCAGAUCCUGGCAGAGAUUCAAGAAGGGGAGGCCGUGGAUUAUUUUGAGAUUCACUUACACUUGGCUGAAGCACCCAUCUUACAAGAAAGGUGCCUGCCAUCCCUGCAGCCUAUACCUGAGAAUGGCAUUUCUCCUUCCUUUUCUCUUUCCCAAGGCAAAAGCCCCACGGAGAUUGAUGAAAACGAGCUGUAUUAGCGGGGGGAAGGAGGCUGGAUCAGGUUUUUUAGUCUCCAACAUACACAGCUCUCACCUCAGCCCAGUGUUCGUGGCAGUGCUCACUGACUGCUGCACAUCAGUCUUCUUGGUGCUUUCAGCACAGGCAUUCCACAGCACUGCUCCACAGAAAUGGAUUCCUGCCACUGCCUUCACUGAGGGCUCUCUGACACCCAAAAAGGUGUAAGAGGUGGGAGGGUCACUCAAAUCCAUGGCAGCAGGUUCGAGCCGUGGCCACGUGCCUUGAAGGGACAUUUAACAGGCAUUAAUACAGAGCAUGCACAGCAGGGCUUUUGGUCCCAGCCAAGGGGUGACACGGUGUCUUGUUGCAUAUUGUACUUUGUGCUCUGCUUUGCACACCAAAUUCCAAACAGUAUUUUUUGUGAGCCUAGGUUGUGACUUCACAGAUUUCGCAACUUAGAAAUGCUUUGUCCUUUUGAAUUUAUGUUUUUAUUAGCUUCAAAGCAAGGUUUCUUUUGUAUUUCUACUUAUUUAAUUAACUAUUUUUUUUUUUUUUGCAAGUUAACUACUUUUGCUUGUGAUGUAGACAAACAUGUAGCAUCAACGAUCAUGGUCUAUAAAAAUCCACAUUAGUUUUGCAAUAAAUAUAUUUUGUUCUGUA